UAGUUGUGUAUCGUCGUUGAUUUUGUUUGCCUACAACUUUUGGAAUUAUUUGAAUGAAAAUCAUUCUGUGAACAGUAAGAAUCUUAAUUAUCUUUCGCAUAAAAAUGAGCGACGCAUUUAUGUCCGACAGCGAAGAAGAUGCCGGUGACUUUUCGGCGAGUGAAGACGAGUGGUUGCCUGGAAAAUCCGAGGGGAAUAAGGGCAAUCGCAAACAAAACAGUUCCUCCGGAAGUAGUGCUGAGUCCGGUUUGGAUUCUGCGGUUUCAUCAGAUGAUGAAAAUGGCCAAACGCUUGGUAGACAAGCCGCACGAAAAAAGGCCACUGCUAGGAAGAGUAAGCCAAAUCUUAGUACCACCAAAAAUAAACCCGACGGCUCGAACAAGUCCGGAACACGUGUCUUAAAAAGUGUUCACGACGAUUCGGCUAGCAGUGGAGACGAAUAUCUUGUCGAUCCGACCCAGCUCGAUCUGAACUCAAAGUUCUUCACUGCGGUGCAACCACACUCAGCACCCUCUGGCCACGGCGAUGGGCCCCCGGUUUUUGAUUGUAAUGCCGGCUUGGGGAAACUUUCCGACAGCUCGGAAGAUGAAUCUCCGAAAGAAAAGAACGAUACCGGGAAUGUUGGGACAACUAACAGCGGAAAAAAACUAAUAUCAAAAAUCAACGAAAUGUCCCAAACGUACGUCAAUUUCCAAGAUUUCACAAACACCCUCGAGAAAGCCAAGGCCCACUUGCACUCAGCUACCAAGCAACAGCAAGCCAAUCAAACCGGUGGCUCACUAGAUGUGUCGCGUCUGCUCGCUUUGGGUGAAACGGGUUCAAGCGUACCAACAAAGAGUGCCCCCGAGCCAAAGGCAACCACUUCCUCCCGAACUAGGAAGGCUACUAAAAAACCGGUCGAUUCCGACUCCGACUGGGAGGAAGUUGAAGAGAACGCACAUCCAACCACUGCAGAAGUGAGCGAUGACAGAAAAACGGUACAAAUUACACUCCGCCAGGACGGUCCAGUAAAGAAGAAAAAGAAAUGUACCGAAAUCGAUGUGGACGCUUGCCUCAUACGGAUGAUUAACCGGGAAAAAAGAGACGCGCAGCUUGUGCUGCACAAAAUGACCAUCAUCAUGGGGAUCGCACAUGGAAACUACACAAACACUGUCCUGAACGACCCCUGCCUGCUGGCUAUUGGCAAUGGAAUGAUCCCAUCCGAACGAUGCUAUCCUAAGGGACGCACGAGCCUAGGAUACAUCGAGCAAAUCCUAAAGUACUAUCGCGAGAUAGUUGACGUUAAGGAUACGCGUAUGUUCGUCCGUAGCUGGAAGAGGCUGUCGCUUCAGAAAUCCCUCCGACUGCAGCUCCUUUCCCAGAUGGCUAACUGUAAACGGGACUACAUUUUAUUGUUCAUAAUUUUGCUGCGCUCCAUCGGUGUCCAGUGCCGUAUGGUGAUGUCUUUGCAGGUCGUGCCGAAGAAUGUCCCAACUUCAGAACUACUGAAGGCGGCUCCCAACAACAUUAAAAAGCCUCUGGUGGACGAAGAUAAAGCCAACGUUAAACGUGAUCAUGAUUAUGAGGAAAAAAAGGGGGAAAAGACAUCGUCUUCCUCUGGGAGGAAGCGAAAGGGGGUGGAAAUUCCCCAGCUCGAUGGAGCGGACGAUGUGAAAAAACAAAAACGAUCUUCUAAGCAAGGCCAAUCGGGGGCCAGUAGUUCGAAAAAUCCGCAUGACAUCAUAGUUUCACCAAGAAAAACACGUAAGCAGCGAAUUAAUGAAUCGAAUAUGAAGGAAUCGUUGCUGGUUCAAGAGGUUUCUUCAAAAAAGAAAACGGAUGCAAAAGAUAGUAAGAACUCAGCAGCGGGACAUACUCCUACAAAAACCAAAGCCCUCCCAAAAGAGAAAAAAUCUGACGACUGUAUCCCUGGGACAUCGAAGAUGAUUCGAAGAGACUACAGUCAAAAAGUGGAGGAAUCCAAUUUGAAACAAACGAAAAAAUCCAGCUCCGAUUCCCCAAUCCAAAAUUCCCCUGGGAAGAAGAUAGUCAAGAUCGAACGUUUCAGUACGGCAACAAGGCGUGCUCUCGAUCGUCGCAUACUAUCUACCGACGAUGAAGCCAAACCGGCUACCAAUGGGUCUACGGCUACUGGGCGAACCUCAACCGGUGUUAACCUUUGGGCUGAAGUUUACGCGGAAGAGGAAGAACGCUGGAUCCCGGUCGAUGUAGUGAACGGUCUCCUACAGUGCGUGGAUAAGAUCGUUGCGCGCGCCUCCAGCCCAUUAUUGUACGUAUUGUCCUGGAAUAACGAUGGUUCGAUAAAGGACGUUUCGUCGAGGUACUGCGCAGAGUACACGACCGUCACACAGAAAUUACGUAUCAUGCAGCAGUGGAUGGACGACACGUUGUUGCAGUUUCGCGGAGAGCCAAGCGCCCGCGACGCCGUGGAAGACCGCGAACUCAAUCGGAUACUGGAAGAGCGGCCGCUACCGAAGACCAUCUCGGAGUACAAAAACCAUCCCUACUUCGCGCUCAAGCGUCAUCUGCUCAAGUUUGAAGCGAUCUACCCGCCGGAUGCACCGACGCUCGGUUUCACAUCCAACAAGGAGCCGGUUUACGCACGUGAAUGCGUUCACACGCUGCACGCGCGGGAAGUUUGGCUUAAGCAGGCACGCACAGUUAAACUGUUCGAAACACCGUACAAGAAUGUGUCCGCUCGCCCAAAGUAUAACAGGGCUACCGGACAGAUGGAACCUGCACCGAAACUAUUGGAGUUGUUUGGCUACUGGCAGACAGAAGAGUACGAACCACCGACGGCCGAGGAUGGCAUUGUGCCCCGGAAUGCGUAUGGCAACGUGGAACUCUUUAAACCAUGCAUGCUGCCGAAGAAAACCGUCCAUCUUCGGUUGCCGUGCUUGAAUCGAAUAUGUAAAAAACUGCGGAUUGAUUGCGCACAAGCAGUGACCGGGUUUGACUUUCACGGUGGCAGUAGCCACCCGGUGUACGAUGGGUUUGUGGUUUGCGAAGAGUAUCGCGACCUAGUGGUCGAUGCCUGGCAUCAGGAGCAGGAGGCUGAGGAGCAACGGGCCCGGGAAAAGUACGAAAAGCGUGUUUAUGGUAACUGGAAACGGCUAAUCAAGGGAUUGCUAAUCCGUCGCAAACUUCAACACAAGUACAAUUUUGAUAAUCUCAACCAGUAAGGUUUGUUCGAGUAAUUAAUAAGAUUCUGGUUUUAUUGUGUUUCAUUAUUUAUCAUGUUUCCAUUGCCCGUUUGAAUUUCGAUUAUUCUGUGCAUUAUACGUUGUUAGAAAAAGCCAGUAAAAUAUUUUUGUUAUUCACUUGUAUAGUCCAAAGGACUUGCGUUACGAAGUAAGGAAAACUCUAUUGGUACCAUGAGACUUUGCAUUAUUACAAUUCCUAUGAAGAAUAAUGGGCUUAUUCGGUUAAUACGUUCGUUAAUAAAGUAUUAUUUUGCAUACAGCUUAAACUAAAAUAAUAACUCAGUUUGAUCUUGCGAUCUUUUCAACAUUUUUACUUCACAAGAUUUUUACUACCUACAAACUUCUCCAUUUUUAUUACAUUCAGCCAUAAGUUUCGAAGAAAUGGAAUUAAGAGUCUCAAUUGAUCCAUAGUUCCUGUAAAUAUUCAGUAAAAAGCCAUUUUAUCAUGCAGUAAUACGAAAUAGUGAUUUAUAUUUGCUUUUGUAUCUGGUGCUGUACGGA